AUGUCUCUGCCGAUGCAACGGCAACAGGACUCGGCGGGCGGGGCACCACCGCCAGCACCCGCACCACCGCCAGUUGCGCCUAACCUGCCCGGAUCGCCGUCGAUAGGCAACGUGCAGGCGGGAAGUGCCGUGCCACCGGGCAUGAACAAGCUGCGUCAGGUGACACCGGGUAUCAAGCUACGCCCGCUGCAUUGGACACGUGUGCCCAACCAAAGGUUGACAGAGUCUAUAUGGAAAGCAGCUGACGAUCGGAUCAACCUCAUCAAUGGCCAGCAGUUGAAGCAGUACUUUGCGUCAACCAUGGUCGUCAAGCAGGCAGCCUCAACUUUCCUUGGCAGCAAAAACAAUGACCUCAUCAUGGACAACGACAAGGCACGAAUUGUUGGCAUCUUCCUGAGCAGUGGCAAGAUGGCCGUGAAGGACAUUGCACAUCGUCUGCUGGAUACUGAUACAUCCACACGGCUAACUCUUGACCAGAUCACCGCAUUACAAAGGAUCCAGCCGAGCAGUGAGGAGCGGAAAAAGUACGAAAAGGUUGGAAGUGUCAAUACCGACAUGCACUCUGUGGACGCUUUCAUGCUGGAGCUGUGCAAGAUCGACAACCUUCAUCAUUUCCUGGAGGUGCAGCAGCUUGUACAGGAAAUCCCACAUCAUCUCGCCAGUAUUCCUCCGCUGAUGGAUUUGAUGAUCUCAGCCUGUGAAGAAGUUUUCCACCCGGCCUUCAAGCGCAUGUUGGAGUACAUGCUGGCAGUUGGUAACUAUGUCAACUCGGGCACGCCCAGAGGAAACUGCUAUGGGUUCAAGAUAUCUUCUCUGGCACAGAUCUAUACAAUGAAAUCGCAAGUGAAGGGCUACACGGUGCUCAAUUACCUCAUCGACACUAUCUUUCCCCACGAGAAAGAACUCGAGAGGCUGCCCAGGAUAAUGGGCAAUGCCCGUGAUGCUGCAGGAUUGUCAAUGAGAGACGUUGCAAUGGACGUGACAAAACUCGAAUCGAGCUUGGACAGGAUUUUGUCUUGUGCCAAUCAAAUAAUGGCCGGAAAACCAUCGCCUGCUCAGCAAACCUUCUGCACCAAGAUUCUGAAAGUUGGCCAGACGUAUCGCGUCAUGACGUCCAAGCUGACGAAGAAGAGGGACAUGAUGGUGGCCAAACUGAUGAAGAUGGCGGUCUAUCUUGGAGAAGUGGCUGAUGAUGACCCAGCGGAGUUGUUCAUCCCUAUUGCGCAAUUUCUCUCGGAGCUUGAGACAGCAACAGAGAAAGCAGCUAAAGCAACAGCAACUCGAGCAGCAUCAGUAAAGAGCGCGAAGGCAACCGGUGGCAACGGUGAUGGAGUAGCCUCAGCCACAGUCUCACAAACUUCACUUCCGAGCGUUGGCCCUCAAAGCCAUGCCGUAUCGGCUAUCAAACCAACCCGGUCUGGCUGGAUGGACAAGCUGGGUACUGGUGCCGGUAUUGUCAAGAUCGACAAACGUUGGUUUGAACUGGACGACUCUGGCAGUAUCUAUUACUACAAGAAGGAGGGUGGCAAGCCUCUCGGCAGUGUCUACCUGCGCGGAAUGUCGCCGCCUCCAGCACUGGACGAGUCGCACACGGGAAUGAUCGUGUUCUUUGUGGAGGGCAAGAAGUGGCAGCUGGUCAGCAAAACGCGCGAGGAGGCCUCAGCCUGGCUGCGGGAUAUGCUCUACUACAAGUGAUUAUACAUGCCUCCUUCUCGCUCACUCAAUCUGUUUUUGAUCUUUUUACAUGUGAAUAUGCAUGCCUCGUUGAGUCAAGCAGUCUUUAAUACUGAACUACCCAAUGUACAUCAUAGCUGUCACGUUUGUCCCAAGUUAGUUUAUUUUCUAUGCAUGCGGCAUACCUUCUGUGUGUAGGACUAUCCAGAACAUCUUACUCUCUCUCUCAAAACAAAACUAUACAGACAUAAAGAUAUCAUCCCUUGAAUUCAACCAAGAAUUACAUGACAUUGUAGUAUACCAAGAGUCCAUCUGGGAUUGCCCUAAUAAAGUAUACUAUUAUUCGUUUUCUAAUAGCUAAUAGCAAUUAUUUCGUGUACAGUAAUAGCCCUCUUUAGAGGCGCAU